AUGAAUGCGUACAGCAUCUUUCGCGAAGCGGACCCUGACGGUGAUUCCCGGCCCGCCUUCCACAACGAAGAUGGAGUACCACUUUACGAGGCCCCUUACCAGGGCCUUUUGAAUCACAUUCUGUCCAACAACGAUCUUGCAUCUCUCUUCCUGUAUAGUGAUAGCCCCACCACGAAGGUCUUUUGGGGAGCAUACGAACCGCCCAACAAUCAUCCAUUCAUCCUCGCAUCCUCAGGAGGCCGGGUGGAGGUGCUCAAGGCCCUAGUGGGUAUAUAUCUGGCAGAUUCCACAUUGAAAGAACCCAUUGAUUCUUAUCUCGAGCGCAUUGAAUGCUCCCCGAUGAACGAUGCAUGCGCGGCUGCCAACCGGGACCUAAUGCUUUGGUUACUUAACCACGAUCCACCGUUAGGGAGCUUGCAUGACCGAGUGUGUGGUGACACACCCCUAUUUAGUGCCGCUCAAGCAUUGGGAGAUCAACACGAUUACAACGGUACUAUCACUGCUAGAUAUGAAAAGCAGGACCAAAUUACACGCACGGAAGACUUCAUUUGCUUUCUCCUGGACCUAGGGUGCUCGGUUCCAAACUCCGAUCAUUAUGGACCCACGUAUAGGGAAACAGCUUCAUUCGACUUGAAUCAAUCACGCGGGGAGGUGGUCAGUACAGUCCUCGGUGCCGUCAUCCCUCAUGCCAGCUAUCAGAUGGUGUCUCGUCUCAUCGCUGAGGGAGCUGACGUCCAUGCCCAUCAAAUGUGGAAUACUGGCUCCGAAAGCAUUGGUUGGGAAGAGAAAGCAACCUCCUUACAUAUUGCAGCUCUUCACUGGAACCUAGAUGGGAUUCAAGCGCUAGCAGAUAACUUAGGCGAUGUCGGCAUCGCAGAGAUGGCUUCGACGCCCGAUGGUUCUGGGCGACUUCCACUCCACUGGGCCUUGGUUGGUGCCAAGGAUCGACGAGUGGAGCUUUUUGGCAGAGACGACCAGGAAGAGAUUACAGCUCACAUUACGCGCACUGUAGAAGUACUCCUGAAAGUCAAUCCAGACACGCUCGUCUUGCGGGAUCAGGGGGGUUUAACGGCGUUUGAUUAUGCCGUGACUUCCGAAACCGGCUUAGCGAGUAUCCUACCCGUGGUCAAGCUCCUUCUACGUUCCAGCUCAGUUCCUCCCUCAGUAACGGGUUCCCGCAAUCACAAAGGCGCCCAUUGGACGCUCUUAGGGGCUAUGAUCGACCACUAUGCAAGACGACUCGGUAGCCCUAGUGCCCAACUCUUAGAGUUACUUGUUCUUCUCCUAGAGAAUGGAGCUGAUGCCCGCGCAUGCAACGGAAGAUCACAGAAUUUAUUACAUACAAUGGCGAUGUUCCGUGAUACCGAUUGCGCGGAUAUUGCUAUCAUAGACAAAUUACUGGAGUUUGUCGAUGUUAACCAUGUCGAUGGCAACGGCAAUACGCCACUUCAUCUCAUGGUUAGACGUCUAAAUCGGAUCAACACCGUUCGACAUAUAAUCAGUCAGGGAGCGAACGUCAAUUUGGUCGAUAAGAAAGGAAAUUCUCCUCUCCAUGAGACAAUGCAUGGUACACUCGUCCAGAGGGUGUUUGAGGACGGAGACGUCGAGCCCAUUGACCCUGCUGAGUUAAAAUCAAUUCGGGUGGAGAUGAUACAGGUCUUGGUGGAUGCUGGUGCCUCAAUGGACCUUCCAAAUGAAUCUGGGCAGACACCACUGCAGGUUCUCGAUGAGAUGACAGCAAUAGAAACGCGAAGACUGCAGAACAGGCGAGGCCGGGGACGAGGAGGAAGACGACCUAAUUAG